AUGCAGACUUGGUUCCACGAAGUGAGCAGAAUUGCUCCCGUAGUGAUUCUGAUCAUUUAUGUCGUGCAAUUUUUAGAGACCCGAAAGCUCGAGGAAAUAAGAGAAGAGAACUUUGGCGAAAACCAGAGAGAAUUUGAACACAAUCUCCUCGGCCAAGCGUAUCAGAAUCAAGCUAUAGAACUUCCUCAAAGUCAAAGACAAGAACAACUCCAACCUGUUGUGCCUCCUGUAGCGGCAGAAAAACCAUGGUGGGAUGUUAAUACUAAGAAGAUAAAAGAAGAGCCAGUUUACCAAGAUCUCUUUGCGUUCGAGAAGUACAACCAGCGUCCGGUCGAAGAAUCACAAGCAAAACAACCGGUGAAUAAUUUUCUCCCGAAGAAAGAGCCACCAGCAUUCGUGAAAAACAACGAUUUUUUGAAUAACAUCCCUAAAGUUGAAAACAACGACUUUUCCUUCAACAAACAGGCUUCGCUGAAUAAUCUUAUUUCGGAUGCACCCAGCAAAGCACCAGGGUUUCCGCCUGCCCCUCAGAUGCCUGUAUUCCAGUCAGAACAAAUUCACUUUCGACUACCAAAAGCUUCAAUGUUCGACUGCCCGCCGAAAAAUCCCGAUUGUCAAGAUGGACCGAAUGCGGAGAAGAAAUUCGGUGUUUACAUCCGUCGAACUCACUGGGAUACGAAAAACGUAAAUUACAUGAUGAUGAAGCAGCAUCACUUCUUCAAUUUUACCGAGUACAGAAUCCCAAUGCCUACAUAUCUGAAUAUGGUGCGCGAUCCAGUCAACAGAAUGGCCUCGGCAUAUUAUUUUCAGCGAUAUGGCUGGGGUUUCGGGUCAAACUCAAGUAAUAAGUUUAAAGGCUCGCAAGAAGAUUUCAAUCGAUCUUUUGAUGAUUGCGUUGCUCAGCAGCUUCCUGAAUGCUCUGUCCCUCUCCAGGUUUUCUCGAAAUACUUCUGCGGGACAUCAGAAGCAUGCAAUAAACAUCAAUACGGCUCGCCUGACGAUGUGUUCAAGAAAAUCGCUGUUUCGGCUGAAAUCGCAAAGCGCAAUAUUUUGAAUGAAUAUUUCUUCAUCGGACUUUUGGAACAUUUCGAGGACUCACUUUUUGUCUUUGAAAAUAUCUUGCCGGAUUAUUUUCGUGGAGCUAUUGGAAUGACCAAAACAAAGGGAUACGAGGAGAAUAGAAAGAAAAAAUCUGCGGGUAAGAAGCAGGCUACUUUUUCCAACGCAACCCGUUCCGCUCUUGAGAACGGAAUAUUGAGAGAUGAGGUUGAUAUCUUCAAGCUGAUACAAAAGCUCUUUUUGAGCGUCUUCAAUUCUUCAAGAAGAAAUAGAUCUAGGUUCCUGUCAUAA